CUAAUAAGCAUUAAUGGCAGUGGUUCGCGAUGAAUGGACAAAUGAAUGGAUAGCUCGAAAGUAGUGAAAGCCAAAGGGGGGAGGCGAAAUGUGAGGAGGGAGCUGAGUUGGUGGCAUAUUUGGCUUGUGCUUGACAAGUAACGCGAAAACUUUGUGGUUGUUGUUGUUGUUGUUGUCGUAACUGGACAAAAGGCGGACGGGCGGACAAUGGCCUCUCAUUCGACGUGUGGCAGGCGAGCGUAACGGACGUGAACGAACGUGAACGCGGACGUGAUUGAACAAAAUUGAAAUUCACUUGCCUUGCUCUUCUCGCAAGGUUUGACGAAAAUGUCACUCUUGCUAUUGGCAUUAUUUGUGGCAGUUAUAGACAGUGCUGUUGUACUCGCAUGAUGGGCUGCGGCUCGUCCAUGGAGACGAGCGUCAGCGGCGACCAGGUGCCAAAUGCAGCGUUGUCUUUGCAACAAAAUGGCGGCGCCAACACAACGAAUAUUGUUAGGCAAUAUGUGCGGUUGGAUGAACAGAUCAGCAAAGUGGAGGGCGGCUGUCCGGGUCCACGUUUGGCCACCGCCGAGGCUUGGAUCGAGCAUCUGCAGGCGAAACGCGAUGCCAUGCUCGGUCUGGAGGGAAUGCCCAAAGUAAUGCAGACCGAAACAGCUCGUGACGAGCCAGAGGGACUGCCACUGACCUUGGCCGGGGGACGGAGCACAGGCAAUGAAAUUGUCGCCAAUACGCCUACCAAUGACCUGGCCCAGCUGGCGCAUAAUCUGGGCAUAAUCGGCGAUCCACGCAAGGCUUCCAUGCACGAGGACUUCUUUGCCAAUCUGAGCGAAUCGGCGCUCUAUUUACUUAGCAUACGUUACUAUGGUGAACUGCUUGAACACACGAAACAGCGCGUUAAAACGCUCUCGGCUAGUUAUGCCGAACUCAAUGAGCUUUAUGUGAACCAGGAUGGCAUCAUUGCCUACAUUAGCGGCGGCACUUAUAUGACCCGCCUUGAGGAGAGCAUCGACGAGCAGCUGGAGUCGGCGCGCGACACGCGUGACAAGCUGGGAAGUGCCAUGGAACAGUGGCGCAUUUGUGGCACGCUAUUGCGCGCUGCAGCAAACUCGGCAACACAGGCGUUGAAGCAGUGGCGACAGCUCAACAAGCUAAUCGAUCCCAAGCAAAAGCUGCAGGCAGCGUUGGAUUGUCGCAGCUUACUGCACGCAUCGCUGACGUCACUGGAGGCGGCACAACUAGCGCUGCCCCACGUGGAACUUAGGUACAUGAGUCAUCGCCAGGUGCUGGCAGUCAAUCACUGUAAUACUUAUUUAAUAACAGAUAUUUCCAAUGCAGCGCGUUACGAGCACACGAGUCGCGUUUUCAACAGCUACGAAUCAAGCAUGUCCAAGACUUGCACCUGGCUCUAUGAGACAUUUAAUAAAACUCUACGCAGAGAUUUUGAUAAGGCAGAGCAGGCGGUGAGACGUUUAGCGCAGACUCUGCGGGAACAUCGCGAGGAAAUCUUUAAUGCGGCACGCAAGUGAGCUACGUUUUUCAUUCUUCAACUACUUUUUAGAGCAAUAAAUAUGAAUACUAUUUUUUACUGAUAACGAAAUAUUUAUUACCUAAUGUUAAGUGUGAAAAUAUUAUAUUAUAAUUUGCAAGAGGAUUUGAUUAGACUGUCUUAAAAUUAUUACUCAAUGCAAAUUGGAAUUGGUCGCUUUGUAGAUUGCGAAAAGUUAUGCCCAAUGAAUCAAAGAUCAUCUCAGCUUGUGUCGCUAUUUUGAUAAGCCAAGAGUAAUGCGUUUUAAUUUAUUUGUUGUGUAUUCAAGACGAAAGAUCUUCAGUGUUUCGAAAGACGUGACUCUGUGCAAAUCGAAAUGAAAACAAUAUUAUUUGGGCUUGUUAUCUUCGCUGUUUUUGUGCACUGUCUUGGAAAUUAUUCCAAUGAUCGAACCAGUUACAAUUGUAUAGACAAUAAUGUAAUAAGCGCAGAGGAAGGGUUAGCUUUCUUGAAGCAUGAAGAAGAUAUUCAAAAAAAGUGGAUUUCAUUAGUUGAACCUUUUAAUGAAUAUUGCACCGAUCCUGCCUGUGCCACCUGGAAGACCAAUACACCUUUGCGAGUUCAAGAGAAGCUUGCAAAGAUUAGAUUAAAUUUAGCCGAUGAAGGCAUUGAAUGUACUUACGAAAUUAAAUCGCAUAAUUAUUAAGCUCGUUUGCUGGAUCGUCA